UGACAUUGAAGAAAAUAUUUAUCUCCAUUCGGCUUUGGCCAACUCAUCAAUAUACAUCACAGCGUUUGUUAACUGGUUAAUUGUCAUAAUUAGAUAUCAAAGAUGAUCAUCCAGUCAUUGUCCAUUCUAUUUUUGUGUGUUGCCUUAACAACACAACAUCAGAACCAAGCUUUCCCUCCUGGAGUCCCUCCACAGCAACAACACAUGCACCAACCACCUCCAAAUCAACAGCAAUAUCAAGGUCAAAAUCAACAGUAUCAGGGUCAACAACAACAAAAUGUACAGUAUCAACAAGGCCAAGGUCAGCAACAACAAAAUUUACAGUAUCAACAAGGUCAAGGUCAGCAACAACUGUAUCAACAGCCACCUCAAGGACAUCCAAAUACACAGCAAUUCCAACAGCAGCCACCACCAAAUCAAAAUCAAGGUCAAGGAGGUCAUCAACAAGGUCACCAUGGUCAACAUACCUUCAACCAGAGGGAAAAUGUCCAUAAUCAAGAACAUAUAAAAGAGCAUUUAAAAGAAGUCGUAGAUAAACCAGAGAAAGAAAUGACUGAUGAUGAGUUAGAAUUCCAUUACUUUAAAUUACACGAUUAUGACGGUAAUAAUAAACUAGAUGGUGUAGAAGUUACCAAAGCAAUAACUCACUUUCAUGAUGACAAAAGCCAUAACCAUGAUAACAAUACAGGGAAAGACGAGGGAAAAGGAGAAGGUGGACAUGGUGAAGGAGAAGGAAACAAAAAUGAACAUAAAACUCCACCUAAAGUUUACGCUGACGAUGAAUUGACUAGCAUAAUAGACAUGGUGAUGAAAGAAGACGAUCUCAAUGACGAUGGAUAUAUAGAGUACUUUGAAUUUGUAACAGCACAGAGAAAAGCUAAAGAAGGAGGAGAUAAUAAGCCGACAUAAUUCAAGUUCAUGUUUCUUAGGCCAGAUUUUUAUGACCUGAUGGGGAUUUCACAUCUGAUUUGAAGAUUCAUAGACCCCUAAAAUUAUUUAUCUAAAAUACCCAAAGUAAAAGAAUGGUUUCAGUGAAAAGGACAAUUUUUGUGUGUUUGUUAUAAUGAAAUUCUUAAUGUGUUUAAGGAUGAAUUUUAUCAAAUACCUGUCACCUAUAAAUCCAUUUAAAAUGUUUUAUUUUGAUUUUCUGGUCUUUCAUAUGAGAAAUACUUAUCUUUAUUAGAACAUUUUAUUUCACUGGCCUCUCUCUUAUUUGUUAUCAGGGUGGUAGGGAUGUAGUAUUGUAGUAUUUCAGGAAGUUAUUGUGUUUUUAUACAGCUUGUUAAAAGGUCACAGAAAAUCUAGAUAUUAUGACAGUUGGUAAUUUUGAAUUGAAAAAAUAAAAGUUGUUUUUUUAUGUCUGUUUGAGUUGGAAAGCAAAUAUUUUUUUGUAUAAACUUCACAAAUAAUAUUUUAAAUUAUGGACUUAAAGUUUAAUCUUUAUGUUGGCUUUAUAACCAAUAUUUAAUUAAUUUUUUUUUAUAGAAAAAUACAUGUUGAUUUGACACAUAGACCUGUUAGAUAAAUCUUUAUUUACAUUUUGCUUUUUCUUUGACUGUUUUAUAAUGAUCUGAACACUGUAUAAUGUAUGUACUGUUAACCAACCUUUUUUCAUGUACCCGUACAUGUAUUUUUAUUCAUGCUUAGGCCUUUUUAGAGCUGAUCAUGAUAUGAUUUUUUUUCAAAAUUUUCUGACUUUGUUGACAUAUUUGCAAUGAAUUAUAUUUGCAUUAUAUUUGUCUAAUGAGUCACAUAAAUAAAUUCCCAGCUAAAUUAAGUUUGUUUGCAAAAUUUCAUGUUAUGAUUGUAAACUGGGACAAUUGAAAAGUCUGUCUGAUGAAACAAUUGUCAUAUAUUACCGUAUUUUAUUGUAGUUUUAUCUUUGUUUUUGUGAUCUCAAGAAAUCCACUAAAACAAUUAUAAAGACCUUUUUUUAAAUAUCUUCUUUUAUGAAUGAAGUGCUAUUUUGUGCUGAAUUUUGUUCUUUACUUUGAAAGCUUUAAUCUCUAUAGUACUGAAUGUGCAUGAAAUAUUAGCCAAUGGACAUUAAGCAAGCAACAAUCAAUUAAUAUAAUCUCAUUUUAUGCCCCACUUGCCUUAAAGAGGGAUGUUUGAUGAUAAAUAUAUAUUUUUUUAUGCCCCACCUACGAUAGUAGAGGGGCAUUAUAUUUUUCGGUCUGUGCGUCCGUUUGUUUAACUCAUCCCAAGAUGACUAUCUUUGCUAGCUAUCAUUUUAUGAUAUGGAAUGUGUAUAUUUUUUAAUGUGUAAGAUAAUGUUGAAGAUGACUAAAGAAUUCUCUUUGUAUCAGGGAAAUAAUACGACAAACAGUCAUACAUUAUAAAAUGUAUAAACAAAAUUAGAAGAAACAAGAAAAGAUAUAGAAAACAUCUACUAUUGCUUUUCACUUGAAUUUGUUAAUUGUUUCAGUGACAUGCAAACUGUUUCUAAUGUAUUAAAGAGGUGAGUCAAUAGUACUGUAAAUUCCGAAAUUAUUGCGUGCAUUUAUUAUUGCAAUUUUUGAAGAAUGGACAAAAAUGCGAGAUUAAUAAUUGUGAUUUUGGGAAAAGCUGCAUACAAAUAUAUGGAUCAGAUAUCAGAUUGCGAGUUCUUAUUAUCGAGAUUCUCACCUAGUCACAUUAUUCCCAUUAAUAAAAACCUCACAAUAACAUCUAAUUUUACAGUAUUUGUGUUAAAAUAUAGGGACAUAGUCUUGCAAUAGAUUUUAUAAUGGUGCGUAGAUAAACAGUUGAUUAAAAACAGUAGAUUUCUUAUUUUUAUAACAAUUUAUAAAUUUUUUAUUACUUGAGUAGGCUUUUUUAAAUAGUAUAGUCAUAAGCUCAAAGUUACACUAAAAUAUUGUUUUUCAAAAAUCUUGCACAAAAUCUGAAACUUUAAAUUCAAAAUUAUUCAGUGAUAGGUAAAAUUAACAUUAUGUGUGAUCUUUGCUUUAAAAAAAAAAGGAUCUUAUUAUGAACCUAUUUUAAGAUUUGUCAAGUUCCCAUGCCUAUAUUGAUGGAUCAGCAUUAAUAAGGAUUUCCAUCAAAUAUCUAAUGAAUAUGCUGACCAAAGCGUUGAAAAUAUGUCAAAGUGCAAUUGAAUGUAUGAAUGAAAAGUUCAGUUCUUGUUUGUAUCUUUUCCAAUCUUUAUAUAAAUGUAAUGAAUGAAUUCAAUUAUUUAUUAAUUUUUUGCUCAUCUUUAUAGAAACAUUCCAUUUUUGUGUCCCUUUUGGCAAAAGUUGUCGGUGAGAAACAAAGUGAUCCUACAUUCCGUUGACAGCAUCCCCAACAGUUAGUUUCAAUCUGUGGUUAACUUUUUUGUGACUUCUAUAAAUUUGUCAAACCCUCAUGGAAUCUCACAAAAAUUGGACAAUCAAAAGACAGUUCCUGAAGCAGAAUUUUUAUUUUUUUAUUUUUUUUCCAAAUUAACUAAAAAAUGGACUUUUUGCAGUUCACAUCUAUAUGCAGUCUAGGAUUAAAGAUUUUUAACAUCAGAACUCUGUCAAACCUUCAGUGAAUGUUACAAAAUUUUGGACAGCAGCUUUUUUAUGAUCAAUAAAUAGCAUCUGAAGAAAAAGAUUUUUAUCCGAUGUAUUUUACUGAGGAAUAGACUGAAAAAAGACGUUUUGGCAGUCAACAUUACACUUUAACACUGACAGCAGCAAUCUCAGGCAAGAAACAGGGUUCUGCAGAACCCUUUAUAUUUUUUUUUUAUUUAGCUAUAAUGGGAAAAGUUUUGAACAUACUUUACAUUACAUAUUCUUUAAUGUGUUUAAUUUUAACCUGAUUUAAUAACAACUAUACCAAUAGAUAAAUACUUUAUGGUUAAUUCUUUAAUGAUUAUGAAAAUGCAAUUUUCAAUUUGUUAGUAUGAAUAUUAAGAUAUAACAUGUAUAAGUAAUACCUUGGAAAUGAGGUCUUGAUGAGAGACGAAUCAUGUGAACUAAUUGAUUAAGCAUAUUCGCUACUUUUCCCAGACAUGGCCUUAUUUAUUUGAUUGUUCGACAUAAUUAUUAGCUAUUGUCAUUUUAUGCUCAUUAUACUAAAUCAUUGUGCAAUUGAUAUAUAUGUGGUGGAAGUCUGAUAAUGUAAGAGUAUUUAAUAAAUGGAGAGAUAUAUUUGUAAA